UACCGAACCGUAUGCGCCCGCAGGGACGGCGCGGGCGGCCCCUCGGCGAUAUGGCUGUCACACUUCAUACAGACUUGGGAGAUAUCAAGAUGGAGCUCUUCUGUGAACAGUGUCCAAAGACAUGUGAGUUUCCAGAUGCCCGUUCAUGCGCCGGAAGUCACUGACAUGGAAUGUUCCGGAUGCUGGCCUGGUUUCCGUCUCCUCAUGUUUCCACGAACGGCAGCGCCAGCGUCGGAAUUUUCUGGCUCUAUGCGGAAGUGAUUACUACAACGACAGCCUGUUUCACCGCAAUAUCAAGGGGUUCAUGGUACAGACUGGUGAUCCUCUUGGCACGGGAAAAGGCGGCACUUCAAUAUGGAAUAGGAAAUUUGAAGAUGAGAUAACCGACAACAUUAAGCACAAAGUUCGCGGCAUGGUUUCCAUGGCAAAUAAUGGGCCAAACACGAAUGGCAGCCAGUUCUUCAUCACAUACGCCCCUCAGCCUCACCUGGACCUCAAAUACACGGUAUUUGCGAAAGUGAUAGACGGCCUGGACACGCUGGACCAGCUGGAGAAACUGACGGUCAACCCGAAGAACUACCGUCCCACCACGGACACGCGCAUCCGACGGGUCACCAUCCACGCCAACCCGCUGGCGGGGUGACGCCCCGCCCACCGCUCUGCCGUCAUCCAAUCGUCAUCCGCACCGCGCGCGCACAAUACAUAAUCGCUCGUCAUC